UACAAAUAGCACCCGUGGUCAGGAUUGAACCUGGGUCCCUGGCGCUGUAUGGCAGCAACUCUACCACAGCGCCACCAUGCUGUCUCAGACACUUUGUAAUUUUUUUUAUUCGCUCUUCUUUGAAGGUGAGACACUGAAUGUCAACAUACACCAGUGAGGGCAGGAGGGGGCUUCAAUUUAAUUUCCCUUUCCUCCGUAACGUAUUGAGGUUUGUCAGUCACAAAUUGGGCUCUGGAGGGGGUCAUUGAACCCGAUGACCUUCAGAUGGAAAAGUCCCUGAGUCACAGCUGGUUAUAACAUUCCCCUUUUACUAAUCAAAAGUAUCCCGCUGUUUACACGAGUCUGGCAGGCAAAGCACAUGGAAUAGAACUUAGCACGGAGCAGUAAGCUUGCAAAAGAGAAGCGGUAGGUAAAAAUACAUUAAACAUCCAGAAGAAAUGAAGCUAAAAAAACAUAAGGUGGUUCAACGUGUGAAUAAAUGAUGAGCUAAACAAACUGAAGCCUGAAAGGACUGUGUUCAUGACCGAUCUGAGACACUCCAACAACGUCACUACUUCCCUAUAAAUAUAGGUCGGAUUGUGCAAACAUUCAGUGCCUCCCUGGGCCGCUAACUCUGCAUCCUGGUUUAGAUUCUUCUGCUGGCUUCUCUGGGAGGUAUCCCAGCCUUCAGAAUUGCUGUCUGGGCAUUUGGAUUUCACUAUGGCAGGACCAAAAAUCAUUUGGGUUGCUUGUGCCUGCAUUGCAAUAAUGUCCAUCGCCACAGCACAAUCAUCCAGGUCGAAACCUAAAACUGGUAAAGGUAAAGAUGAUUUGAGGAAUGAGAUCGAUAAAUUGUGGCGGGAAGUAAACCUGCUGAAGGAGUCGCAGGCACUUCAGACUGUUUGCCUGAGAGGGAUAAAAGUUCACAAGAAGUGUUACCUGGCAUCGAAUAUCGCAAAGAGCUACCACGCUGCUAAUGAAUAUUGUAUCGCCCAAGGAGGAACCUUGAGCAUCCCACGAGACAUCUCUGAAAACAACUCUGUCCGUAGCUAUGCCAAGAAGAGCCUGAAUGGGGCAAAGGACUUCUGGAUAGGGGUCAACGACAUGACCUCUGAGGGCAAGUUUGUCGACGUCAAUGGAAUGGCCAUUAAUUACCUCAACUGGGACCGGAAUGAGCCACGCGGUGGGACCCAUGAGAAUUGCGCGGCGGCGUCUAUUAGCGGCAAGUGGUCGGACGAAGUGUGUCGUAACGAGAAGAAAUACAUUUGCGAAUACCUCAUUCCUUAGAGCCCCCUCUCACACAGCCUACUCCAGAGUGGUUUUGGUCAUAACCUUUCUGCUGUUCAUUUUUCAGUGGAAGGUGUUGAAAUAAGUAUCUUCAUGGAUGUGCAUUUUUCAAUGAUACCAAACAGUGAUGGGUGGAAAUCAAUGUUAGACAAUUGUGCAUUAAUAUCAACAUCACACCUACUGCCCAAUUUAUUAAUUAUUUAGUUGAGUUUGGUUUAGUUUAGAGAUAUAGCAGGGAAACAGGUAUUUUGUCCCACCGGGUCCAUGCCGACCAGCGAUUCCCGCACACUUACACUAUCCAACACACACUAAGGACAAUUUACGAUUACACUAAGCCAAUUAACCUACAAACCUGCGAGUGUCGGAGGAAACCAGAGAUCCUGGAGAAAACCCACGCAGUCACGGGGAGAACAUGCAAACUCUGUACAGAGUGCAGCAUCAGUCAGGAUCGAACCCGGAUCUCUGGAACUGUAAGGCAGCAACUCUACUGGUGUGCCACCAGAUGUUUAUUGACAGGAUCCUGGACAUUGUUGCCAAGGAUAGCAUUUAUUGUCUAUCCCAAAUUGCCCCCUGCUUUGAGUGGCUUGCUAAUCCAUGCAGACGCACACUUCAAUGGUCUGUAUUUUCUCAGCCACCAUUACCAUUGAAAUUAGCUUAUAAUUCCAAAUGUAUUUAGUUACCUGAAUUGAAACUCCCUAAUUAGCUUAGUGGGAUCCAAAUUCAUCUCAUUAAUUAAUAGACCAAGCUUAGAAUCAUAGUCAUAGAAUCAUACUGUGUGGAAACAGGCCCUUCAGCCCUUCAGUCCAUGCCGACCAGAUGCCCUGUCUACAGCAGUCCCACCUGCCAGUGUUUGACCCAUAUCCCUCUAAACAUCUCCUAUCCAUUCUUGCCUCUAAUCCAGUCAUUUAGCCAUUACCUUAUUCUACACCUUUUGGACGUGAAUUGCAGGCAGGAUAUAGUGGGCUGCUUUUGCAAUGUUUUGCUAAAAUACUAAUUGAUUUUCUACCCUGAUUGUUUUUAGAUUAAAUUUUAUUUUUAUUUUUUUAAGGUGAAUAUUUGAUAUCAUUCCUUCUGAUUAGCACUGGCUGUUGGCAAUAUGGCAUUCUGAUUGACCAGAAGUUGGUAAAGCUUUCAAAUAUUGAUGACAACCAGCAGAGAUUGCCAAACUGUUUUUCUACAAAUCCUUAGGCAUUUUAGUAGAUCUUAGCAAAAUAAUUUUAAGGUUAUCAUCCCUUUUAAUAUAGGAAUUAAGUCCCAAUAUAAUGCAUUAAGUGUUUCUCGGAUAAUUUUCAAACUGCGAUUUCAAGAACCAAAGCCUUUCUUAUUUUCCACCAUGUCUGUCAAUAAAGCAAUUCCAUGUAACAUCACAGAUGGAAGGUUUGGAUUUUCCUUGGAAUUUUGCUCCAUAGUUUUCCAUAGUUUCAGAAUCCUCUACCUCAAGUGUAUCAUGUGUAGGCUUAUUAUUACAUCUCUGAUGAGAUAGUUCUUAUCAUGUAGGUCAAACAGAGAAUCAUAGAGUCAUACAGCACGGAAACAGGCCCACAGAUCCAUCACUGUUCAUGAAGCAUCCAUUUUAAUUAUAAUUUUUAGUAUUAGAGAUACAGCGCGGAAACAGGCCCUUCGUCCUACCGCAGCGAACCCCGCAUAUUAACACUAUUUCCUGUACCCACUAGGGACAAUUUUUUACAUUUACCAAGGCAAUUAACUUACAAACCUGUAUGUCUUGGGGUUGUGGGAGGAAACCGAGGAUCUCAGAGAAAAUCCAUGCUUUUAUGGGGAGAACUUAUAAGCUCUGUACACCCGCAGUCGGGAUCGAACCCGGGUCUCCGGUGCUGCAUUCGCUGUAAGGCAGAAACUCUACCACUGAGCCACCAUGACUGCCCGUUUGCUCCCAUCCCAUUUUAUUCUCCUAAUAUUUCUCCCUGGUUCUACCACUUAGUCAUAGAGUCAUGGAGCCAUUCAGCACAGAAGCAGGCCCCUAGCCCAUGCUGACCAAAAUGUCCCAUCUACACUAGUCCCACCUGCCCUUGUUUGGCCCCAUAUCUCCUCUAAACCUUACUACACUUACCUACACAAUAAAGGCAAUUUACAGCAGCCAAUUAAUCUACCAACUCACAGAUGCAGGAGGAAACCAGGGCACCCAGAGGAAACCCACACAGUCACGUGGGGAACAUUCAAACUCCACACCGACAGUAUGGGAGGUUAGGAUUGAACCUGGGUCACUGAAUCUGAAAGGCAGUAUCGUAACCAGCUGCUCCACUGUGCUGCCGUUCUAAACCAAAAGGCAAGGAUAUUAAAGAAAGUGAUUUUUUUUUUAAAUGCCCCCGAAGAUCUUUCUCCUGACUGUCUUGCAACAGUGUUUAGGGAAUUAACAUUUAAUUGGUGAAGACUCCAGGCCACCUUUGGAAAGUUGACAUCCAUAACAUGAAUGGGACAACUUCUGCCCAUCUUCAGACCCAAUAACUAAUGUGAUCAACCCAUGUUAACUGAUAUUUCUCAGCUUGUGUUUUCCAUUACAGCAUUUGCUAUCUAAAAGUCUGCACUUUCUGAUGGUUAUGUCUUUAGAAGCAACACUCUGAAACCAUAUACUCUACCGUUUGGUUUGCUCGAUAUGUAAAACAUGUAAUUUUCAAUUUAAAAUGUUCAUGUUCUGACACUGUGAAACUAUUAAAGAAAGAAUAUAUUUACAGGUCA